AUGAUGGCCGAGCUCUUGAUUAUUGCAAUGAAACGAUUUCCGGAACGGCCAGAACAGUUAGUUCAGCGACCAGCAGCAUGGAUUGUGUGGCACUGGCCCGAGAGCAAGACGACCUACGAGGGUGACAUCCCUUUAAACCACGACGAACAAGUGGAGGAGGUUCGAGAGUUGGUUUUGAACCACAUCGACAUCAUCCACAGCUGGAAAAGGCCGAAGGAUGGCCCUCGUGAUGAGCGCAGCGAUUUGGAGACGAGAGAAGAAGGGCGGAAGAGCUCGAAGCACGAGACUUCCGAGGGAGAAGGCAGCGACCAGAAGCAGAAGAUGUGGGUCUUCCUGGACAUGCGCACGGACACGCAGGAGGGAAACCUCGACAUGAAGACGGUGAACGAAAUGAAAUGGCUCAAUGGAGGCCUACGCCACUCGGCUCCACAGCAGCGGCGGUACCCAGGGAGCUCUGGAGUAAGCAGGAUCGCAGAUGACCUCUUCGACGGCUCGGGGGAUCCUCUGGGGAUGUGGGGCAUGGACUGUUCGCUGUAA